AUGGCCCUCAACCUCCCAAAGCCCGUACACUCGUACGCGGGAGAGGAUGACCUCAAAAACCUCAACGGCAAGGCGUCCGUCGAGGAAGUCGAGGAUGAGGGCGAGUACCGUCCGCCCCGCAUGUCCGACAAGUACCUCAAGGGCAUCAUCUACCCGCCUCCCGAGAUGAGGAAAAUAAUAGACAAGACAGCCAUGGCAGUUGCCAAGACAUCGAAGCCGCAGGUCCUCGAAGACAAGAUCCGCGAGUCGCAGACGACAGACCCGCGCUUUGCCUUCUUGAACGACGAGGACCCGUACUACCAAUACUACCGAUGGAAGGUCGAGUCCUCGCGUGAGCAGCUUGAGGACCAGGCUAAGGGCCUCGUGACAGCGAACGGGACGCCUACGGGCUCGACGCCAGCGCCGCCGGCACCAAAGACCAUCCACCCCGAAUUAAUCGGGUACGAGCCCAAGCAGUGGGAGUUCAAGGCCGACCUGCCAGGCGUGACGGCACAGGACCUCGAUAUCCUGCGGCUGACGGCGCUGUUCCAUGCGCGGCGAGGGCGCUCCUUCCUCUCGGCGCUGUCGGUGCGAGAAGGACGUAACUACCAGUUCGACUUUCUGCGCCCGACCCACUCGCUGUACGGGUACUACAACCGCAUGGUCGAGUCAUACCAGAAGGUUAUGCAGCCUGCGCCGGGACAGAUCGAGGAGAUUAUCCGUGCCGACGCCGACCCAGAAGCCAAGUGGAAGACGCUCGAGGAGGCUCGCAAGCGCGCUCUGUGGGAAGAGGGCGAGCGCGCACGCGACGACGUCAAGGCUGCCGAGAAGCAGGAGGAGGAGGAGGCCAUGGCUGUCAUCGACUGGCAGGACUUCGUUACUGUGGAGACGAUCGAGUUCACGCAGGCCGACAUGGAGCUCGACCUCCCGCCGCCCUCGAGCAAUGACAAACUCAAGGAGAUGAGCAUGGCAGAACGCCGCAUGGCUGCCAUGAUCAUGGAGGAGCCAGCCGCACAGGGUGCGGCCGAUGGCGACGAGAUGGAGUUGGAGGAAGACGAGGAGGAUGAGGAGGCGCGCAUCGAGCGCGUCAAGGCCGAGCGAGAGCAGCAGCGCACACGCGAUGUCCAACGUGCGGCGCUGGAGAAGAAGGGUGUCAAGAUCAAGAAGGACUAUGUGCCCAAAGGUAUCCAACGCGGCGGGCCUGUGGCACGCUCCAAGUGCCCGUACUGUGGGCAGUCGAUUCCCGAGGACGAAUUGUCCGAGCACAUCCGCAUCGAGCUGCUCGACCCACGGUGGAAGGACCAGAAGCGCGAGCUCGACGCUCGGCGACAGCAGCAGCAGCAACUGCAGGUGGGCGCAGACAUUUCGACAUCACUUCGCAACCUCGCUGCGGCGCGUACAGAUCUGUUCGGCGACGAGGACGACGAGGAAACACGCAAGCUGCGCGAGGAGGAGGCUGCGCGGAAGCGCAAGGAGCGCGAGAAGAUUGUGUGGGACGGACACACGGCGUCGGCCUCGCGCGUACAGGACACGUUCAAGGAACGGUUCAGUGCCGAGGACCGGCGGCGCAAGGCGCAAGAAGCGGCUGGUGUUGCUGACGGUCCCGUCAACACGGUGGGCCCGCAGGUCGGUCCGGGGAUCAAGGGUGGUGGCAAGACUGCUGCACCUAUGCAGCCAAAGGCUCCAGCCACUGGCACGAGCGUGACGGGCGAAGCGCAGAAGUACGCCACGGGCCCGGCGAUGAACCCCGCUCGCGCGGCCAUGAUCUCGGGUGCUGGCGCCACCCGGCCAGCUCCAGACGCGGAUCUGCCGGCUCGCCCUUUCAAGCGUGCGCGCGUCGAGAAGCUCCCUGGCGGCCAGCUGUACUCUGAGAUUGACUGGAUGAGCCUGCACAUCGAUCCGAUCACGGUCGCUGUCCAGCUCCCCACGAUGGCCGACAAGCCCGAGUGGCGCCUCGACGGGAGCGUGCUCCCAGUACCGGGCGUGCCUGUGAACACGACAUUUGGCGCACUGCGCGAACAUAUCAAGCGCACGCUGGAUGUGGAUCUGCCGGUCUCGCGACUGCAGCUGACGUACGGCGGGAGAGUGAUGAACAACAGCGCGACCCUGGCCAGUGUCAACCUCGGUGAGGCCGACGUGGUCGCCAUGGCCGUGAAGAAGAAGUAG